CACACAACUAGUGAGACAAACGAAACAGAGUCAUGAAUAUGGCUUCUUCUUCUUCUCCAAUAUUGUUCAUUAUCAUUUUCUCAAUAUUGUCUCUGCUAAUUUCAUGCUCUGAAUCCACAGAGCAUGUAGUUGGAGACGGUGUAUUUGUUUGGAAGGUUCCUCUUUCAUCACCAGAUGCACUCACUCUAUGGUCCUCUUCUCACAAUUUCACAAUUGGCGAUACUAUCGUUUUUCAGUACAAUAUCUUCAGAGAAUCAGUGCGUGAAGUGAUGAAUGAGCAUGACUUUAUAAAGUGUAAUACAAAGGGACCAUAUAUAAGUUUGAGGCACAAUGGAAAUACUAAGGUGGUGCUUGAUAAACCAGGAGUACACUAUUUCAUGAGUGGAUGGAAAGGUCAUUGCAAGAGGGGAUUAAAGUUAGCUGUUGUUGUCAUGUCUCCUACACCGUCUUAUUUACCUUCACCGGCUCUGGUGCGGCCGGCAUUAACACUGCCUCAGUCUUCGACUGAGUCAUUGUCAAUGUCACCCUCACCAUCGCCUUCACCUUCACCGUCACCGUCACCAAAUUUAUCCGGAAGUAAAGGUGGUGCUAUUGGCUGUGGAUUCAUUAUAUGGUUGGGGAUUUCAUUGAUUACUAUGAUGAUGUUGUUAAUUUAACAUGUUAUAUGUAUUUGCUUAGAUGAGUCCCUAAGCAUACAUAAAUAUAUGCAAUGUUAUUUGUGUAUGUUGGUUAAAGUCAAUGACAUUUUCAUUUUGCCUUGUGUUUUUAUAAUUUUUCAUAGAUAUUAAUAAAGUUUUGUUGUUAGUUUCUUGUUAA